AUGCGUUGUCUUCUAUCAGUCAUAUCUCUGAGCGCUUUGUUUGCUUCCUGCAUCUCUGCGUCUUCCCCUAUUGUUACUGUCAAGAACGGCACUGUUCAAGGUCAUCACUCUACUGAGUGGGACCAGGACUUCUUCCUUGGCAUUCCUUACGCUCAACCUCCUGUUGGCGAUUUGCGGUUCAGAUGGCCUCAAUCUAGAAAUUCUUCCUUUGACGGGGUUCUGAAUGCCACCCGCUACGGUUACAGUUGUUAUCAGUACGGAAGUAACUUCAAUCUGAGUGAGGAUUGUUUGACUCUUAACGUGGUGCGUCCAAGAGGCCAUGAAAACAAAACACUGCCGGUUCUGGUCUGGAUCUAUGGUGGAGGACUCACACUGGGUAGUACUGCCGACCAACAGUACAAUCUCAGCGGCAUCGUGGAAGCUUCAACCCGGACUGAUAAUCCAUUUAUCGCCGUCAGCAUGAAUUAUCGACUUGGUGUCUGGGGCUUCCUCAAUACACCAGUCGUUCAUGCAGAAGGUUCUUCCAACGCUGGUCUUCUUGACCAGAGACUUGCACUUCAGUGGGUUCAGGAAAAUAUAGCAUCUUUUGGUGGUGACCCUAGACGAGUCACUGUCUGGAGUGAAUCGGCAGGAGCUCAAAGCAUCGGCUUCCACUUGACCAGCUACGGCGGCCGCAACGACAAUCUCUUUCAAGCUGCCAUCUUGGAGUCUGGAGGACCCGAGGGCGCGAGUUUGAACACGUUACCUUUCUACUCCGCCGCGACUGACAAUCUGACAAGGACCGUGGGUUGUCCAAGGACAUGGACGUCCCCUUCCCAGCUUGCAUGUCUUCGCAAUCUCAGCUCAGCAGCUCUUUUCGCCUCGAACUAUACCGUCGUUUGGAAUCCCAUUGUCGAUGGAGAUUUCUUGACAGAUUAUCCCUCAUCUCUCCUAGCCCAGGACAAAUUCAUUCGUGUACCCUUGCUCACAGGCGCGAACACGGAUGAAGGUGUUUCUUUCUCCGUCCAAAAUCUCAACACUACUACCGAUGUCUAUAACUCCCUGUUCUACUGGCGCAAUUAUGCACUGUCGCCUCCUAGCAUCCAAGAGCUACUGCAGCUUUAUCCCAACAAUCCUGCUAUAGAGCCUCCGUACUCCAACCAUGCCAAUGUCACGUAUCCAAAAUACGGCGCACAGUGGCGACGCUCGGCAGCCAUUGGAGGUGAUCUGGUGAUGAUAGCACAACGCCGCAGAAUGGCUGAGCUGUACACGAAGGCUGGUCAGAAGGUCUACUCAUACCGCUUCGAUACACCUCUUUACAAUGCGACUGUGCCUGGAUCAGUCAAGCACUUCGACAAUGUCAUGUUCUCCUUCCAAAACAUCUCAGGAGCCAUGGGACCUUUGCCACAAUAUCAAUCGUACAGGACAUUGAGUUCUGGCAUUGGCAAGCUAUACGCCAACUUUGUGGGCACUCACAACCCCAAUGGCGUGAACACGACUAAUGGUACUGGAUUACCUUACUGGCCUCAGUACAAUAUCGAUGCACCUACCAACUUAGUCUUGAAUGCCACGGCGAGCUUCUCAGAGCCAGACACGUUCCGCAAACAGGGUAUCAGUUUCAUCAACAGUAUCUGGCGAGAAUUGUUGGCAUAG